UUAUCUUGUUAUCAUUGUCUUUCUAAGGGUUUUCUACUCUCCCAUGUUCUUCUAGGUACCACCUGGGUUUCGUAUAUUCUUGACCUUCUGUAUUUUGGUAAGAAUGCUCCAGAGCGCCAGACUUCCCAGCCUAUCUAUAUGAGAGUGCCAUUUCUGGAGUCAUGUUUCCAAGUGAUACCAUCAGGGACAGAGCUGGCUGAUAAUCUGCCCACUUAUCCUCGCCUCAUCAAAACUCAUUUGCCUAUUCAGCUUGUGCCCAAGUCCUUCUGGGAGCAGAACUCAAGGAUUGUGUAUGUAGCUCGGAAUGCCAAAGACAAUGCUGUUUCCUAUUUUCAUUUUGAUCGAAUGAAUAUGGGAGAACCUGAACCAGGAGACUGGAACACCUUCUUACAGAAAUUUUUGGACGGAAAGAAUGUGUUUGGUCCUUGGUUCGACCAUGUUAGUGGAUGGUGGGAGAAGAAACAGACAUAUUCUAACUUGCUCUACUUGUUCUAUGAAGAUUUGGUGGAAGACACUGGACGUGAAGUGGAACGUUUGUGUUCCUUUUUGGGUUUGUCUACUUCAGCUGAAGAGAGGGAGAAAAUAACAAAAGGGGUACAGUUUGACGCCAUGAAACAGAACAAGAUGACCAACUAUUCCACACUCCCAGUCAUGGACUUCAAGAUCUCACCCUUCAUGCGGAAAGGUAAAGUUGGAGACUGGAAAAAUCACUUCACUGUGGCACAAAAUGAACAGUUUGAUGAGAUCUACAAACAGAAGAUGAAGAAUACCAAAGUCAAGUUCCGCACUGUGAUUUAAUACUUGAGUUCUGGACCUUGCACCAGAAUUAUCACUAAAUUGUCAGAAUAUUUUAUAUUAUAAGCAUUUUUCCAAUUAUAAGAUAUGUUUGUGCAAUGUAAUGUGCAACAAAGACAACUAUACUGUAAGAGCAACAUUUAUUAGCUGAUUUCAGCAAAAAGUUGUAAUGUUUUUAUACGUUGUGAAAGAACACAUAAGAAUUUAUGAUUUUUAGUUCUAUUUUUCCCAUUUAAAUAACGCUUUUACCUAUAUAUUGUGAAAAUGAAUAUAUUGAUCUUAAAUUUACCAAGCACUAAUGCAGUGCUUUUUUAAAUGAUUAAAGUUUUGUGAAAGUCAUGUGGGGAGUAAGAUAACUCAGUGGGUAAACUGACACUUCAAUUAAAAUGCUUAUAAAUAUAUAUAUAGAGAGAGAGAGAGAGAGAGAGAGAGAGAGAGAAAGAAAGAGAGAGAGAGAGCAUACAGUAUGAUGGUGAUAACACUUUGUUUUAUUCAAAAGCAAACUUGA